AUGGCUCUCAUUGCCCAGGCAGGUCCCUCAUAUUGUGCUCGGACUGAGACAACAUGUUGUACAACUGGGCAUAGUGUGGUGUUUAGCACGGCCAGUAAUUUAGAUACAUUCAAAAUGAAGGAAAAGUGUUCUAGUUUCCCUUCGUUAUCAUUUAGUUCUACCAAGAAUGGACAGAUUUUGCAUAUGGACAGCACAAUUGGAAGAAUGAAUCGAUUGUUUGUUGCUGCUAGCCCUCCUACAGAGGAUGCUGUGAUUGCUGCAGAGCCACUAACGAAAGAGGAUCUUGUCGCAUACCUUGCCUCUGGUUGCAAGCCUAAGGAAAAAUGGAGAAUUGGUACUGAGCAUGAGAAGUUUGGUUUUGAGUUUGGAACUUUACUUCCCAUGAAAUAUGAACAAAUUGCUCAUUUGCUCAAUGGUAUUGCGGAGAGAUUUGACUGGGAAAAAAUAAUGGAAGGUGACAACAUCAUAGGGCUUAAACAGGGAAAGCAAAACAUAUCAUUGGAGCCCGGUGGCCAGUUUGAGCUCAGCGGUGCUCCUCUUGAAACUUUGCAUCAAACUUGUGCUGAGGUUAAUUCACACCUUUAUCAGGUGAAAGCUGUUGCAGAGGAAAUGGGAAUCGGAUUCUUAGGAAUUGGCUUCCAGCCGAAAUGGGGACUUAAAGACAUACCUGUUAUGCCAAAGGGACGGUACAAUAUUAUGAGGAAUUACAUGCCUAAAGUUGGCUCACUUGGACUUGAUAUGAUGUUCAGGACAUGCACUGUUCAGGUUAAUCUGGACUUCAGCUCUGAAGCUGACAUGAUCAGGAAAUUCCGUGCUGGUCUUGCUUUGCAGCCGAUAGCGACAGCUCUCUUUGCAAAUUCACCUUUCACUGAAGGAAGGCCGAAUGGUUAUCUCAGCAUGAGAAGCCAAAUAUGGACUGAUACCGACAACAAUCGCGCUGGCAUGCUUCCCUUUGUUUUUGAUGACUCUUUUGGGUUUGAACAGUAUGUUGACUAUGCUCUAGACGUGCCAAUGUAUUUUGUUUAUCGGAAAAGGAAGUACAUGGACUGUACUGGGAUGUCAUUUCGGGACUUCAUGGCUGGAAAACUUCCUUGCCUUCCGGGUGAAUUGCCUACCCUUAACGAUUGGGAGAAUCAUUUGACAACAAUAUUUCCUGAGGUCAGGUUAAAGAGAUACUUGGAGAUGCGGGGUGCUGAUGGAGGGCCUUGGAGGAGGUUAUGUGCUUUGCCAGCAUUUUGGGUAGGCGUAUUAUAUGACGAAGUCUCGCUCCAAAAUGUUCUAGACAUGACAGCUGAUUGGACGAAGGAAGAACGAGAAAUGUUGAGGAAUAAGGUUCCAAAGACAGGUUUGAAGACAGCAUUUCGAGAUGGAUUGUUGAGGCAUGUUGCUCAAAAUGUUGUAAAAUUGGCAAAGGAUGGAUUAGAAAGGAGAGGAUAUAAGGAGUCUGGGUUCUUGAAUGAGGUAGCUGAGGUGGUUAGAACAGGUGUGACACCAGCUGAGAAGCUGCUGGAGUUAUACGAUGGAAAAUGGUGUCAAUCUGUGGAUCCUGUUUUUGAGGAGCUACUCUACUGAGGUAAAUUAGAGUUAUGACAAUUCAUCACUGUCCUCCUGUGCCUGUGCGUAACCCUCUCUGAUUUAGGGUGUACCUUUGUUGUUUCUGUUCCUACUUUAAUAACUUCACCGCAAUAAUUAUGAUGUAUACCCCUUGGCUUUAGGAACCUCUUCCCGAUAUGAUCGUUUAAAACAUAAAUUAUCAAUAAAAGUUGUUGAAACCUCAUUAGAGAAAAUGAAUCCAAUUU